CGUAAGGCCCGGUGAGGGGAAGCACUGAAGUGGUCUCGGGUUGGGCCGCGCGGCAUCUCUGCCGCUGUCCGUGGACGGCAUCCGCUGCGCUAAGCGGUUCGGAGACCUUCCGGAGGCCGGAGUAGCCACAGAUGAUUUCAGCGAGCUUAAACUCUCGUCAGAAUGCCGCGUUGAAUAGCUGCCACCUAGCAAUAGCGCUUCUCUUUCCCUCCGCGCUCCGCCUGCCACCAGGCCCCAUGGCAGCUGCCGCGCCCCGCAGUGCCGUAUCAGGACAUGGACUGGGACCAGUUUGACCUGAACCCGAAGGUGAUUGCUGCCCUUAAGAAAGCUGACAUAAAAUCAAUAAAAGAGGUGUUAAAUCUUUCUGGAGCAGACUUGCAAAGGUUGAUGAAACUGUCCAGUGCAGAUGUGGAAUGCUUGCUGAAAACGGUCUCUCGCACUCUGAGGAAAAACUGUAUGCUUACAGCACUUCAGCUCUACCAAGAGAAGGAUUGUUUCUCCUCCCAGUGCCGGAAGCUAAGCCUGGGAUGUUCGGUGCUGGAUGACUUGUUGAAAGGUGGCAUUCCUUUAGUGGGAAUCACAGAACUUGCUGGGGAAAGUUCUGCUGGGAAGACUCAGAUUGGUUUGCAGCUGUGUCUUUGUGUGCAGUAUCCUCACAGAUAUGGUGGAUUAGAGUCAGGAGCUGUCUACAUUUGUACAGAAGAUGCAUUCCCAAGUAAGCGUUUGCAGCAGCUGAUAGCUCAGCAGCAUAAGCUGCGUGCAGAUGUGCCACCUGAAAUCAUACAGAAGAUCAGGUUUGGGAACAGUAUCUUUGUUGAGCACGCAGCAGACCUGGACACCUUCCACAACUGCAUUACGAAGAGGCUCUCCCUGCUGCUCAUGAGAGGCGUGGUGCGCUUGGUGGUCAUCGAUUCCAUUGCUGCUUUGUUUCGAUGUGAAUUUGGAGCUUCGGAUUCUGUUCUGAAGGCUCGCUACUUGCAGACGUUUGGAGCACAGCUACAUGGCUUAAGCACCAGAUUCAGGACUCCAAUAAUGUGCAUUAAUCAGGUGACCGAUGCUGUGAGCGAGUCAGAAGCUGUGCAGUGUGGCUACAGUACUGCUAACAGCAGAGUCUUUCCAGCACUAGGAAUAACCUGGGCAAAUCAGCUGCUAAUGAGACUGAUGGUCAGCAGAGUGCCACAACCUGAACCAACGCCUGGAGCUGCGUCACACCACCCUGCAAGCGUGAGGACUUUAAGAGUAGUGUUUGCUCCUCAUCUACCUCCAUCCUUCUGCUGCUAUACAGUGAGAUUGGAAGGUGUGAAAGGAAUGAAGUAAGUUCUUUUUGCAGUAGCCUGUUCCAAAAGUGCAUUGAACCUGCUUUGCUUCAGGAAGCAUUAGUAAAAUGAAAUUCUUCCUAGAGCAGAGAAAGGGAUGCUGAAAUGCAUAAAAGGUGAUAUGACAACAACAUUGUUGCUUUCUUUUAUUUACAUUGUGCAAAGAUGCUCUUUUUGUAACUGGAUAAAAGUUCACCAGUCUCUCCUUGUGAGAUAAAUGCUUUGGAGAAUAAUCCUUACUGCAAGGCAGAGCAGCACCUUCAGCUCUGUUCAUCCACACAGCCCCUGCUCUCCUCAGAGGCUUUUAUCAGAGCUUUCCAUGUUUUUCUUUCCAUCUUUGUGCUAUUUAUUACAUCUUUUUCUGGUGGCCUCAAGACUAACUACUCUGGGUGCCAGCCAGAUGAUGUUAUUUGUCCACACUUUCCAAAGGCCUUAAAACUUACUGUGUGUGUGCAGUGGGUGAUGCUCACUUGUAUCAUUGUAUAUUGUUAACCUUUCAUGCAUUUCCUUCUCCCAUCUCACCCCCUCUCCCCCUCCCCCCAGGUUCCCCAAUCUGUAAUUUGUAAAUGACCACAGUAAUUUUAUAAAUUGUUUUUUAAAAUAAAACCCAACGAUGAAGCUUUUA